GACAGGUAAGGACGGCAACAUUUUUUCUCCGAUGAAAUUUGUAUAUUCAAGCAAUAAAUUUCUAAAUUGCUGUUUUAUUAAAUGGUCACAUUAACGAUAUUUUUAUUUAAAGGUGUAAGUCGUCAUCAGAUAGCACAAUGGCACCUCAAAAGAAAACGAAAAAGAGCAUUGAGAACAUCAAUUCCAGGCUUGCCUUGGUGAUGAAAUCUGGAAAAUAUGUUCUCGGAUACAGGCAAACUCUGAAAACACUUCGACAAGGCAAGGCUAAAGUGGUCAUCAUUGCCAACAACACUCCUCCUCUCAGGAAAAGUGAGAUUGAGUACUAUGCCAUGUUGGCCAAGACUGGAGUCCAUCAUUACACAGGAAACAACAUUGAGUUGGGAACUGCCUGUGGUAAAUACUUCAGGGUCUGCACACUGAGCAUUACUGAUCCAGGUGAUUCUGACAUCAUCAGGAGCAUGCCCUCAACAGAAGGUGGACAGUAAUGUAAUUCAGCUAAAAUAAAAUCUUUUUAGUUGAUUAAA